AUGGGUUCUGCCACUAGUUAUCGGCAUUUAACAGAGCGAGUACGCCUAAACAAAAAAAGGUUGUUUAAUUCAUUUACAAUUUGGCUAUUAACUCAGCAAAACAUGCAAUCGUCUUCAAGAAGACCAUGCUAUUUAUCGCAGGAGGAAUCAGAAAAGCCAAGAAGGCAUUAAAAGAGAACUUAUCGUGGGGCAUACAUGUUCCAGAAGAACUCUUAACAACGUUCCGCACAAAAUGUCAGACUCUCAUUACAAAUGUCUUGAAGAUUUUAUAACAACAGCUAUAUAUCGCAAAUGGCUAACUUCUAACAAUUGAUGAUUUGACAGCCAUUGAAACGAAAAGAAGGAGGAAAAACUAAAGGAAAAAUUGUCAGAGGCAAAACAAUGUGUUUGAUAGGCUUUUAA